AGUGCGCAGGCGCGCGGCGUCGCGCAGGCGCACGGCGGCGGCGGCGCGGGCGGCGGCGGGGCCGGUUGGGGGGAGGCGGGGGGCGCUGCCGCUGCCCGCGGGGGCGGCGCGGGCCCAUGGCCGCCGUGUUCCUGGUCACGCUGUACGAGUACUCGCCGCUCUUCUACAUCACCGUCGUCUUCGUCUGCUUCCUCGUCACCAGCGGCCUGGUGCUGGGCUGGUUUGGUUUGGGCGUUCCUGUUAUUCUGAGAAACUCCGAAGAGACAGAAUCCAGCACAAGAGUGUUGAAAAAGCCGAUGAGACAAGUGAAGAAUCCUUUUGGGUUAGAAAUCCCUCAUCCUUCUGCAGCUUCAGUAACAAAGGGUAUAACACUGACACCUGAUUGUCUGGAAGACUGUAUUCUUACGUGCUACUGGGGCUGCAGUGUUCAAAAACUCCACGAAGCGUUGCAAAAACAUGUCUACUGCUUCAGAAUAAAGACUCCUCAGGCAUUAGAGGAUGCUCUAUACAGCGAAUACCUCUAUCGACAACAGUACUUCAUUAAAAAAAACGAUAAGGAAGAAAAAUAUUGUCAGUUACCAGAAGAUGCUCAAGUUGUCGAUUUUGGCCCAGUGCCUAGAUCUCGCUAUCCAUUGAUAGCUUUGCUGACUUUAGCUGAUGAAGAAGACAGAGAAAUAUAUGAUAUUGUAUCAAUGGUGGCUGUAAUUCAUAUUCCUGAUGAGAGCUACAGACUUUCCUGCAGAAUAUUGUACCAGUAUCUACUUCUAGCCCAAGGUCAAUACCAUGAUCUUAAGCAACUCUUCAUGUCUGCAAACAAUACUGCACCAUCUCUGAGCGAUAAUUCCCCUGGUGAAGUAAGCCCUGACAGAAGCUUGCUGGAAAAGGUCGGGCUGGCUGAAGAUGAAUCAGAAUUGCAUGAAGAAAAUAGUAAAGACUGCGUUGUUUGCCAGAAUGGCACGGUGAACUGGGUACUCCUCCCCUGUAGACACACAUGCUUGUGUGAUGGCUGCAUUAAGUAUUUUCAGCAGUGUCCAAUGUGUAGGCAGUUUGUUCAAGAAUCUUUUCCACUUUGCAGUAAAAAGGAGCAAGAUGAAGAUGAAUCAACCCAUAUCUUGCAAGAUGUUCUCCCUGGAAGAGUUUUUGAAUGAAGGAAAAAAUAGAAGAAUUGAGUUGUAUGCUCCAAGAUUAAAUGUAGAAAACAGACUGUUUAUGGGAGGAUGUGCAGCAUUAACUUGUAGGGUUUGCUUUAAUUGUAAAGUAAUUUUCAGCUUCUUUAUUCUUCUUUGCUCCAUAUGCCCACAAGAACAGUACAUUUAUCUCUGUGGUGUGGACAGAAGAAGUGCAUAGGCUAUCUUGGAAGGAUGUGAUUAUUUUUAUAACUUCUUACUAGUUUUUCAUGGAGUAUUAUUGGAGGCUAUUUUGAUUACUAAAUUUAGUUUAUCUACUAACAAAGAAUAAAACUUACAAGUGGCAUUGAAGUGCACGCAGCUCUUUCUAUAUUUAUUAUAUUUAAAAUACCAGAGCAAUAUAUCAUUUUAAUUCAGUAUAAUUUAGAAACCUAGCACUUUACAGAAUGUGACAAAUGAAGGAAAGUAAAUCUUCAUUGUUAAAUCCAUGUAUUUAUUUUGUAAAUAAAGGCUGGACUGUGGCAGGAGCUGGGCGUUGAAGGCGUUCAGGACACUAAAUGUUUCUGCUGUUUUGAAAGGGGGAGUGUGUGAGAGAGACCUGAGCCAAAGCCCGUUGCAAUCAGUGGAGAGAUUCGCGUUGAUUCUUGUUGACUUGAACUGAACCUCACUGACACUUUCAAGCCUGAGCCUUCACAAUGUCAUUUUGAGGUGCAGGCUUUCAGUCUUGUUAGCAAUGGGCUAUAAGAACUUGCUCUGCAUGUAAAUGUUAGCUAAUUACUCCAUAGAGU